AUGGGGGAUUUUAAUGCUCAGCAUCAGGCGUGGGGCUAUUGUACCAAUACCAAGAAGGGUAGAGACAUAUGGGACGCGGCAACGGAGGAAGAUCUUACGCUGAUAACCAAUAAAGACUUCCCAACCAGGAGAGGGAACUCGGUGUGCCGAGAUACGACUCCGGAUCUUACUUUUGUCAAGAACCUGGAAAACGUCAAGUGGACCAACACAGCCAUGGACCUCGACAGCGAUCAUUGCAUCAUCGAAGCGGUGAUAAAGGCUGCCUAUUCCAAUCCCGACCACCACGUUUUGCUGCGCGCAGGUGUGGAGCGACUGGUGCGCCACCUGCGCAAGCACGGCGUGCCCAUGGCGAUCGCCACCAGCUCGAAGCCGACCUCGUUCGAGCUGAAGACGACGAAGCACCGCGAACUGGUCUCCCUCUUCCACCACGUCGUCAUGUCGGGCAGCAACCCUGAAGUGAAGCACGGAAAGCCGCACCCGGACGUCUUCCUGGUCGCCGCCUCGAAGUUCGACGAGAAGCCGCCCCCCGAGAAGGUUCUGGUGUUCGAAGACGCGCCGAAGGGCGUCACCGCCGCCCUCGCCGCCGGUAUGCAGGUCAUCAUGAUACCCGACGCUCGCAUGGACGAAGAGAACCGGCGUCGCGCAACGCUAUGCAUCGCCUCGCUCCUCGACUUCAAGCCCGAGCAGUUCGGACUGCCGCCCUUCGAGGACGGCACCGAGGACGGCCUCGAGGACGGACCCAAGAAGAAGAAGGAGUGAGGCGGAAAGACGGGAGGCGAGUGGCUCGGCCCACUGCGUUAACCGUCUCGACUACAAGCCGGCGUUGCCGCACGCCUUUCCGUCACUGCCGCGGCGCGCAGAUGACCGUGUCGCGCUUAGCGCGCCCUUCCUCAUCUCCAACGAACGGAGAGUUCACCGGCGUUCGGCAAGCCCCCAGGUGGUAAUUUUCGCGUCUCGUGGUGUCUCGCGAGAUUUCCUCGUUGCGCAGAACCAGCCUAGGGCUCCUAGUAGGGCAGCGCGGACGCAUGAGCUGAAGCCUCUUAGUGUGUAAAAGUACUUGUGUACAUUUAUGUUUCAUGUAUAGCGACACCGGCCGUGCUUGGCAAAAUGCUCGCCCGAACAGUAACUUACGAGAAUCCUCAACUGUUGACGUCGUAAACCGCUUAUAUUUUGUACGGGUGGCGUAGAUUGUGUAUGUGUACGUACGCGCCUCGCUUCAAGUCUUACUCGGUUCCACGAGAACAUUCCGAAAUCAACCAUGCCUACCUUCCUUGUCACGCAUCUGUUUACGUCUGUUGUGUGCGAUAUUCGCGUUUGUUCUUAGUGCUAGGGGAGAUACGAAGGGCUGAUUUUAAUUACAAGCGAAUGUUCACUUA